GCUCCGUUUACUGUAGGAUAUUCACGGUGGAGGAAAAAAGGGGGCAGGCAACAAAGCAGGCUUUUUAAAACAGCAAAAGCACGAUUUGUGCAAUGUAAAUAACGAACAGGAGGGACACGAAAUUGGACUGUCAACAGGGAUUUUUUUAGGUGUGAUGAGACAAAGGAACAAAGGAUGCCUUAGAGGAGAGGUUGCCUAUACGCCUGGAAACCUCUUCAAAGCACACCGCCAAAUGGAUCUAACGCCUCCCCCUGCCACCUCUAGAUCAUGAUACUUGGCUGAAGCUAUUUCGCUAUCUUUAUGAUCCCUCCUCCAUCUAUGGCGAACUAUAGCCAUGCAGGGGACCACACCAUCUUGCAGAAUGUCUCUCCUCUCACCACGUUCCUCAAACUGACCUCUCUGGGUUUCAUCAUUGGAGUCGGUGUGGUUGGAAACCUCCUAAUCUCCAUCCUGCUGGUCAAAGACAAGAGCCUGCACCGAGCGCCCUACUAUUUCCUGUUGGACCUGUGUGCUUCUGACAUCCUGCGCUCUGCCAUCUGCUUCCCCUUUGUCUUCACCUCGGUCAAGAAUGGAUCUGCCUGGACCUACGGCACACUGACCUGCAAAGUGAUCGCCUUCCUGGGUGUGCUCUCCUGUUUUCACACAGCGUUCAUGCUAUUCUGCGUCAGCGUCACCCGUUACCUGGCCAUCGCGCACCACCGUUUCUACACCAAGAGGCUGACUUUCUGGACGUGUUUGGCUGUCAUCUGCAUGGUGUGGACGCUGUCUGUGGCUAUGGCGUUCCCACCGGUGCUAGAUGUAGGGACGUACUCUUUUAUCCGGGAGGAGGACCAGUGCACAUUCCAGCACCGUUCCUUCAGGGCAAAUGAUUCCCUGGGCUUCAUGCUCCUGCUGGCACUCAUCCUCCUGGCCACACAGCUGGUUUACCUCAAGCUCAUCUUUUUCGUCCACGACCGUCGAAAGAUGAAGCCCGUCCAGUUUGUGCCUGCUGUCAGUCAGAACUGGACCUUCCAUGGCCCAGGCGCCAGCGGGCAGGCGGCAGCCAACUGGCUGGCUGGAUUUGGUAGAGGCCCCACCCCGCCCACUUUGCUGGGCAUCCGGCAGAACAGCAAUGCAGCAGGCCGCAGGCGUCUACUGGUAUUGGAUGAAUUCAAAACUGAGAAGAGGAUUAGUAGGAUGUUCUACAUCAUGACGUUUUUCUUCCUGGCACUGUGGGGGCCCUACCUGGUCGCCUGCUACUGGCGGGUGUUUGCAAGGGGCCCCGUUGUCCCUGGAGGCUACCUGACAGCAGCUGUGUGGAUGAGCUUUGCCCAGGCUGGGGUCAAUCCUUUCAUCUGCAUCUUCUCCAACAGAGAGCUUCGGCGUUGCUUCAGCACCACACUCCUCUACUGCAGAAAAUCCAGGUUACCAAGGGAACCCUACUGUGUUAUAUGAGGGUUUUGCUUUGGGUUUUUUCUCAUCUAUGUCUCUAUUACCCUGAUUGAUCUUGAUCUGGGCUUGUUCCCAUUGUACAGCGCACUCUGUUUCUAUCUCUCUUCUCUUCAUCCUCCAGUUUUCGCCUGUUCCUCCUUCUCCCGACCCUUGUUUUCAGAGGUUGAAGGUGGACUGCCAAUCACGUGGCUGUGCUGGGGUGAUUGAAUAUAAAUCGUAUCAAACAUGGAGGCUGAAGGGAAUGGGAAUACCACGGGGGGAAUGGAUCACCUCCUGUGUUUAUGUUCUAGUAAACAGACAUUGUGGAAGGCCAUGCCAAUGCAGAGAAGCAAAAAGUUGAAAAAAAAAAAAAGAGAUUUGACAAAACAAUGAAAACAAGACCUCUUGCUUUGGAUAUUUUGAAGACAUGUUAUUCUGUGAGGUGUGAAAUACGUAAGUAUGAAAAGAAAAAGAAAAAAAAAAAAAAAAAAAGAAAUGAUACCUCUCAAGGAAUCACUGGAAAUGUUUUACAUUUUAAGAGUUGCACUAAAAAGAAGAUGUAAAGAUGCUUUUUUUUUUUUUUUGGUCGACAGUUGCAUUGCAAGGACAACUUUUUUUCCCCUUCCCCCCCCUCCAAACUAAACAAUGAAUGCUUUAAUUUGCAACAGACUACACAAUCGCUGUAAGUAAAGCAAAAACUGUUGGAUUACACCAUCACAAGAGGAUAAAAUGGUUUUAAUGUAAGUGAUAUCUCUUUCAUUUACCGGGCGGGGGCUUAACGAUGGGGGAUUUACAAUGUGUGGUUUUGAAGUUGCAACUUAAAUCUAGAAAUUAUUUCUUGUAGUUUUAUGAUCCAUAUGUCCCUAGUGUCUGGCAUUGUUAUUUUCCUAACACCUUUUACAAAACAAAAAAAAAACAAAAAAAAAAAGAGGAAAAAAAAAGAUGAAAUGAUGUUUGGAAUCUUUUUUUUUUUUUUAAAGUUGCUUUUAAGAACAACUUUGUGCUCAAAAAAGACAUUGAAGAAAUAGUUAAAUGUUUCAUCAUAUCCAUGUACCUAAACACUAUCAUAUUGUUACAGUGUUGCUGAUGCCACUCCAGGUGUUCUUGCCUUAAUGGUUAUGAUAUUGUCAUAUUUCUGGGGUUUAUUUUUCAAUCACUCCUGAAAAUGUGUUUCUUUUAUUUUUUUUUUUUCUUUAGGUGCAAGGGGAGUUUUGUUUUUUUUUUUCUUUUUCACAUUAGCGUGAAGUGCAUGUUCAUUUUUUAAAAGCUGGUCCACUCCCAUGAGCAUCACAGGCCAUACACUGAGCAACCCAUUUUUAUUCUGCAAUGGUUUGCUACACCCCACAGAGUGCUCAGAGCACAGGGAGAGUGUGUGAGUCUGUGUGUGUGUGUGUGCGUGUGUGUGUAUAUGUGUGUGUAUGGAUCAGACAACAGUCACUUCAAGACCAGAGCCUUAGUAUGAAAUCUUGCACAAUUUGUAAAAAAUGUAAAAGGAAAAAAAAAAAAAAAAAAAAAAAA